AUGAAUUGUGUUUUGGCACUCAUGACCGUGAUGCUGGUCUGUGCGGCAGCGCAGAAUCCAGACAGAUUCAUGGAAAGAAUGCUUGCCAAGAUCAGACGGGACAUGGAAGAUACAGCUGUUGGGGAAUCGUUGUCUAUCGUUGAUCGACAUGUCAAGAGAGGAGUCAGUCAUGGUGAUCAGGAAAAAUUCGUAGCUGCCCAUAAUGAAGCCAGACACCGAGCAAGGCCAACGCCCAAGAACGAACCUGACAUGGUCUGGAAUGACGAUCUUGCCGCUCUAGCUCAGUCCUACGCCGACAGGUGUAUUUGGGGACACAAUGCCGCUCGUUCUAAAGGGAACACCGGAUUCUCCUAUGUUGGAGAGAACCUUUUUGUGACCACAGCGCAAGGAGGAGUGGAACCGUCAGCUGCCGUCGAGGCUUGGGAGGGCGAGGUUAAGGAUUAUCAUUACAAAACUCUGAAGUGUAACCCAGGAAAGAUGUGCGGUCAUUAUACACAGGUUGUAUGGCACAGUUCUACCCAUGUUGGAUGUGGCGUGAAAAAAUGCUCUACUCUCCAAAAUAGUCCCAUGACAGACGCAACUUUGAUAGUUUGCAACUACGGCCCUGGUGGCAAUUACCGAGGUGAGGCACCAUACGAGACGUAG